UCCACGCGGCAAUGCGGCGCGCCGGUCAGAAUCCAACAGAGGCAGAGGUUCAGGACAUGAUAAAUGAGGUGGAUGUUGAUGGAUCUGGAUUCCUUGAGUUCCCUGAAUUCUGUUUGAUGAUGCAUAAAAAGCUACAGGAUACAGAUACAGAAAACGAGUUGAAAGAAACCUUUAGAGUGUUCAGUAAAGACGACGAAGGUUGUAUAACUGCUGAGGAACUGAAGUUUGUUCUAACCCAUCUUCCAGGAAAGGUGACUUACAAGGAGAUAGAUGAAAUGAUAAAAACUGUGGAUAAAAACGGAGAUGGGAAAAUAAAUUACAGUGAAUUCAGAGUGAUGAUGGGAGCACACCCCCUUAUUAUUCCUGGACCAGCUUUAGCUAAGGUUGUAAAUAGUGCUGGAAUUCUUAACCCUGGCAUGCUAUCUUCCAUUCAAACAGCACCAAACUAGAACAUCAAGUAACAUCCCAGAUGUUCAAACAGCACCAAACAAGAACAUCAAGUAACAUCCCAGAUGCUCAAACAGCACCAAACUAGAACAUCAAGUAACAUCCCAGAUGUUCAAACAGCACCAAACUAGAACAUCAAGUAACAUCCCAGAUGUUCAAACAGCACCAAACUAAAACAUCAAGUAACAUCCCAGAUGUUCAAACAGCACCAAACUAGAACAUCAAGUAAAAUCCCAGAUGUUCAAACAGCACCAAACUAGAACAUCAAGUAACAUCCCAGAUGCCCAUCUAAAAUAAAACAUUUAAAACAGGUUCAAAGUAUUGGAAACAAAUUAAAGAAUGUUUAACUAGCUGAAGGGCCCGGUGUUGCCCGUGGAAAACAUUUUUUUAAAAUGUUUAAUUAGUUUUUGUCAACCCCAGGAUACCCAUAAGUUUCCACAAAAAAUGUCAGCCCAUUCGGUCCAGCGCGCCUUUUGGCCUGCUAUAGGGAACAUAUAUACGUCUUGUGUUAUUAUAUAAAUUGUUGUCACAAAUACGCAUCAAGAACCUACUUUUCAUAACCAACAAAUUCAGCACUGAAAAAAAACCCUAAACGCUCAAAAUCUUUUUCAUCUUAUUUUAAGGUGAUCACGAACAUAUUUCAAAUUCUCUUGACUUGUAUAUAUUUCGUAGAAAUUUUAAUUUCUGAUUUAAAAACUACGAGUCUUUCUAGAUUUUAUAAUUCUUAUACUUUUUCUAUUUUCUCAAAUUUUCUAGCUUCUCAACAAAUUGUUUAGUCUCAAUUUUGUGUGUAUUUUAGAUUAAACAAAGAUGUGUAGACAUUUUCCAAUUAUUGUUUUUUUUAUCUGCUUUGUAGUUUUUUCUACUUUAUUUUAUCUUUAAGUAAUUUUUAAGUUUCAAAUGAAAUGAACCCAUUUGUGAAAACCUUAUCAUGCAAAAAGAGUUUGUAUUAUUCAUGCACAACGUACAUUUAUGUACAAGUACAUGUUCAGGUACAUGUACAUUUAUGAUCUAUAUGUUUUCAAACUCUGUUUGUUCACAACAAGUACAGCUCAAACUACCAUAGUUCAAAGUUUAAUAUGUGAAGUUAAUAUUUUAUGUAUAAAGUCUAUCUAUGUAUUGUAGUUUAGAAAAAGAUCCUUAUGAUAUAGGACCCUUAACCCUUGUAAUACAUUCAACCCAUGAUUAUGAAAAAAGCACAAAGUAUCUGAAUUUCUCUCAGUCCUGGCUUUCCAAUUUUCAUAAUUUUUAGAUUUAUCAAAGCUUACUAAAAUAUUUUAUCUUGCUUGCAUUUUGGACAUUUUGGAUUUAACGGUACAAAUUUCUUUAUGGACUUGGACAAAUAAAUUUGAUUCAACUCUACUGUGCAAGGAAACUUUUUCUUUCUUGAAACUUUUUAAAUUUGUAUUUUUAAAUUUCUUUAAUUUCCUUUUGUAAAGUUUAACUAAAGAAGGUGCGCCGGUGACUCUAGUGUAGGUUAAUUCUAUCAACUGGGAGGCUAGCUGCCUUUAUGAGAUCUAACAUAUUUCAAAAUUUUAUUCUUUACAAGUUUGCCAGCUUUUAUUAUAUGAUGCAAAUUUUUGCCUCUAACAGAAAAUAUUUUCCUUUAUAAAUUAAAACAAUUCUUGUUAAAGGGACUGUUAGCAUAAUUUUAAGUGACCCUUCAUGGAAAGAUAGCAAGCCCGACUCACAACAGUUCCCUUAAAACCUUUGACUGUUUAAUGUUGUCAGACGUAUUUUCAUUAAUCUACAAAACCCGCGUUUAAUUCAUGAACAGCAGCUGUGAUGAGGUCAAACUGUACACAGCUUUACACCGCAUUUUAAAGAUAUUCAAGCGGAUUUCAAGAUAUUUUUUCUCGAUAUACAGUCAAAGGUUUGAAGAGUACCCCUGUAAAUCAGGCAUUGCCCUUUUUGCACAGAGGGUUAUUUGAACUUACGGAGUUAGAAUCCCUUUACAAACAAUUGAGAAAAUUAUUUAGGCCUAUAAACAUACCAUCUUUAUUAGUAAACAUUUUGAAAAGUGGAAAAAAAACUUCUAGGACAUUAUUCUUCAGAAUUUUAUGACUCAGCUUGAAAUGCAAAAAUAUUUAAGGUUUAAAAAAUGAAGAGAAAAAUUACCAACCUUACUGAUACGUAUAUGAACUAGCAAUAAAGUGCUCCCAGCAUCCUUAAUAGACGACCACCCUGAUAUUAAUGUGCAUAUCAAAAUAGAAUCUGUGUGAUCUUUAUCAUUAUUGCCUCCCUAUGUAACCGUCUUACGUAAACUCAGAUAAAUUUACGUAAACAGGUUACUAGGGUAAUAGUUUAUCCUGCAUUUAUGUAUCUGAGCUUAUAAAUAUAUUAGUAAACUCA